AUGUCUGGAGUGCGGGUGGCAGUGGUCACAGGAGGCAAUAAAGGGAUAGGCCUGGCCAUAGUCAGAGCUCUGUGUAAGCAGUUCCAGGGGGAUGUCUAUCUGACAGCCAGGAACACUCAGCUGGGAGCAAAAGCUGUGCAGGAGCUGAAGGAGAAGGAAGGAUUGUCCCCGUUAUUCCACCAGCUGGACAUCAAUGACCUGAACAGCAUCCGGGCUCUGCGGGACUUCAUGAAGGACAAGUACGGAGGGCUGGAUGUGCUGAUCAAUAAUGCCGGCAUUGCAUUCAAAGUUGCCGAUACGACCCCAUUUGGCACCCAGGCUGAGGUUACUCUUAAAACCAACUUUUUUGCCACUCUUGACGUCUGCCAUGAGCUUCUCCCUCUCAUUAAACCCCAUGGGCGAGUGGUAAAUGUGUCCAGUAUGGUGAGCCCCAGGGCUCUGGCGCAGUGCAGCCGAGAGUUUCAGGAAAAAUUCCGCAGUGAUACCAUCACUGAGGGGGAACUGGUGAAGCUUAUGGAGAAAUUUGUAGAAGAUGCCAAGAACGGAGUCCAUCAAGAGAAAGGUUGGGCAAACACUGCUUACGGGAUGUCUAAAAUAGGAGUGACCGUGCUGUCCAGGAUCCAGGCACGCAAGCUGAAAGAGACCAGAAAAGGAGAAGGAAUCAUCCUCAACGCCUGCUGCCCAGGCUGGGUGAGGACUGAUAUGGCUGGUCCCAAUGCAACCAAGUCUCCUGAUGAAGGUGCCGAGACCCCGGUCUAUCUUGCUCUUCUUCCAGAGUCUGUUGAUUCACCAUAUGGAGAGCUGGUCAGUGAGAAGAAAGUGUUGGCAUGGUAG